AUGGCGACCCACAAGAUAGGAUAUGCCGAAGCCGCGAACUGGAUGGCACGGGAUGUCGACAACGAGACAUUGAUCUACCGAAGAUUUGAUGAGCUAGCAGCCCGUAAUUUGCUACAUCUCCAGUCGGAAUUAUUGAGCCUUGAAUAUGAGCUGAAUGAGCUUGACAAGCAAGAUGCCGAAGACGAAGACAUGGACUGGCAGAUGGUAGUGUGCGAUUGGGAGCUGCUGGAUGAUCUCGCGCAGUCACGGACCACAGGUACAGGAGAUGAGAUUCAAGUAUCAAAGGCAAAGGCUCGCGCAGAAUUAGCCGCAAAAUUGCGCCAUAAAUUGGAAGAAUAUUAUUUGGUUGCUCUGAAUCCGGCCCAAGAGACGGACUUUUUAUCAGAGUACUUGAGGAGAAACUGGCCCUUAAAGACAGACACCAAACAAAACGGAGUGCAAAUAGGAAGAUACGAAGAGCGUUCUAUAUCCAUCGCAGUCGCGGUCAUCAGCACCCUCAUCGCAGCUAUCCUCCUGAUAGGAUCGAUAACAGGACUGUACUUCGCCAAAAACGACACCGCAAAGCUUGGUCUCAUCGCUUUCUUCACGGCCCUGUUUGCUCUCAGCGUUGGGCUAACGACGAACGCGCGGAGGGCAGAGAUAUUUGCCGGAACGGCAGCAUACGCCGCGGUGUUAGUAGUUUUCGUGAGUGGUGACCUCUCGAGCUCGCAAGGGUCAUAA